CACGACGCGCCACCAGCCUGUCUCGAGACGACGGCCGCUGCUGGCACGUGCGAAACGCUCACUACUAUUACUAGUCCCGGCCGGAACAGAAGGUUGUACCAGUUGGACUGUGGAGUGUGACGGCAGAUACAGCCAGACAGCAUGGCGAGGCAGUGGUCCGGGGGCCACUCUGCAGCCGUGCUCUGCGUGGGGGUCUCGGGGGACCCCGGGGGGCCGCUCGCCUCCGGGGGCGAGGCCGGAGAGGUGGCGCUGUGGGCGCCCGACGGCACGCCGCUGGGCACGGCGCGGCUGCGCGGAGGGGAGGACGUGACGUGCGCCGUGUUCUCGCCCGUGUCGCCGAACGCGCUCUACGUGUCGCACGGCGAGGCCGUCAGCGCCCUGGACCCCCGGAGCCUGAAGGGCCCCGCCGAGGAACUGCGCGUCGGUGCCGACGAGAUCAACUGGCUGUCGCCGAACGAGACGGGAGCGCUGAUGGCUGCCGCCGACGACUCGGGUGCCGUGCGGGUGGUGGAGUUGGCGAGCGGGAAGGUGACGAGGACCCUGCGCAGACACACCAACAUCUGCUCCUCGGUGGCCUUCCGUCCGCGGCGGCCGCACAGCCUCGUGUCCGCAGGGCUGGACAUGCAGGUGAUGCUGUGGAGCCUGCAGAAAGCCCGCCCCCUGUGGACAGCAAACCUACAGGACUUCGCUGAGGAAGAAGAAGAGGAGGGUAGCGUGCAGUCAUCCGGCCAGCUUCUGAAUCCCCCGCUGGCGCACUGCGUCUCCGUGGCAACCUGCGGGAACGUGGUGGCCUGCGGCGCAGAGGACGGACGCGUGCACCUGCUGCAGGUGGGCGCCGGGUCCCGUGUGGAGCGCCACGUCUCCCUUCGGACCCAUUCCCAGGGCGUGUCCCAGACCCACUUCCUCAGCUUCCUGUCACACCCCUACUGGCUGGCCACCGGGGGCAACGACUCGCAGGUGGCGCUGUGGGAUGUUAGCUGGGCUCUGGGCAGCACAGGGGGCGAAAGCAAGGGCGGAGAAGCGGCCCCCAGCAGGAGACACAGGGGAAAGCGCCCCGUCAAGCCCAAAGCCCAGGUCCCCGCAGACAAGCUGGGGCAGGGGGUGGAAGAGGGAGCCUCUGCUGCUGAGACAGGACACACAUUGAGCCCAGGGAAGGACACUGGGCCCCGACUGCGCUUCAGCCACGGGGACAAGGUGAACUGGUUGUGUCCGGCUUUGCUGAAAGGUGAACCCUGCCUCCUGGUGGCUGAUCAGGGCAGUGCAAUCACUGUGUACUCCCUCUCAGGCAUCUCACACAAGGACUCAGGCAGUCAGCCCUUCUAGGGCUCGCUGGGUGCGUGCGUGCGUGCGUGUUUGGACUUUGGAUAAAACAGUCACUUUGGGGAUGUUGAUAGCAGUCUUACCUUUUAUGUUUGAAUGAACAAACACAUCCAGCUUGUGCUGCUUGUUUAGGGAUGAUGGAGUUCAUUGGCAGCCAACAUUUACCAAUCAGUGUGAGACAAGGUUAUUGCCCAGCUUGACCUGUUCUUUGACAUGUCCCGUCUGAGCCAGCAUGCAUCUAGAGAAGCACAGCGUGAGGUCAGGGGCGAGAUGGGUCUUGGGUGCUUCUCUGGAUGCACAUUGUGCUGUCCGAGUUUCCACCGCAGCCCUCAGUCUCAUCACCUUCCUGUGGGGGCACAGUUGUGUGAGAAGACCACGUUCCCUCCUCCCUCCCCUCUUUCAGGAAGAUAGAGCGGUGCUGCUCCUGCCUUAGCUACAGCAAGGAGGCCAGCGGAGCUUACCUACUACCAGCUCAGCCAACUCGCGCCUCUCAGUGGGCACAGCUGAGCUCAGGUGAAGUCAAGCUACAUGUUCUGUUCAUCAACAUUUGCUUG